UAUGCGUAUACUGCUGCGGCAAUCGUCUCCACGUUCUGGCUGACCACCUUCCAAGCCUUCAAGGUCGGAAGGGCUCGCAAGGCGGCAGGAAUUGCGUACCCACAACUUAUGGCUGAGAAGGCUGAGGCCGCGGCCUCCAAGGAGGCGCAGAUCUUCAACUGCACACAACGUGCACACCAAAACACUCUCGAGUCGCUCCCCCAGCUCAUCUCUGCAACACUCAUUGUCGGUCUGAAGUAUCCCUACUUUGCCGCAGCAGCGUGUGGCACCUGGACGGUGGCGCGUCUCCUCUACACUAUCGGCUACUCGUCCGGUGACCCUAAGAAG